CAUCAAGUCACUUCCAACCACGUAGAAAGUUCAUCUCGUCAGUCGUAGCAGCCUCUCGAAUCGUUCCGUGAACCCCCCCGCCGCCGCCUAUCGUUCUCGUCAUAGUCGAACGAGAUGGUGAAGGAGGCAGCGGAUCCAUGCGCCACCCCUGGUACCGCCGCGUCCCCCAAGCCAAAGUGGCCACUCAGUCAGGUCGAGUGCCUCCUGCGGGAGAAAAUCCUCGAGCGUACCAAACUGCACGAUGGCAAGUUUGUCUACCAGCAAGCGUAUCGUCUCUUGGAAGUGAACCGCGGCAAAGGCAUUGACGUGGCCUCGUUUCGACACGCGAUCAAAGUGACGUUGGCGCUGGACGUCGACGACGCCGACAUCUUGGCGCUGUUCCAAAAGUACGACGAGGACGGCAACGGCACGAUCGAGCUGUACGAGUUCAUCGACAGGGUGCUGCCCCAGGACUACGACCCAGACGUGCAGUCGUGGAUCGAAAAGAGUGUCGAGCGGUGCGAGGCACAGCAAGACGCGAUGCGCGAGGCCGACCGCAAGGCGUUUCUCGGCGGGCGGACGUUCCAGGACGCGUACAACAGCCACCUCACCGUGGACGAACUGCGCGCGGACAUUUCAUGCAAGUUGCAACAGCGGAUUCCCAAAUGCAUCGACCGCCUGCGCAGCGCGUUCAAGCUGCUCCACAGCGGCGCCGACGCGCCCAUGUCCCCGCUGGACUUUCGACAGAGCCUCCGCACCACGCUCGGGAUUGCGCUGACCGAAUCGCAAACCCACGGCCUUCUCCAGGGGUAUAUACACCCCGGCGACGGCUCCGUGGACGUCCAAGCGCUGCUGCAGAACAUGUUCCAGACUGAAAACAAAGUCCAGCCCACGGAUCUAGUGGACGGGUUGUUUGACGACGACGACGCGGUGCUCACGGAAGCCGCCAACCAUUAUGGCAAGCGACACAUUGUGCCCGGCAAGGGCGAGCCAGUGCCCGAGCGGUACCAGAAGCGUGUGCACGGGUACUUUCGCACCAAGAACAAACACACGAACCCGUUGCGCCUGCAGAAACCACUGCCCCCCCGACGCCGCGCCACGACCAAGUUCCAAGUGCCGGCAGUUGCGACUAAGUUGCGCCACACCGCCCCCCUGACCGGACUGCUUCCGGUGCAGCCGUCCAAACAAAAGCCGGCCAUGGCCCGGUCGUUCUGGGCGCGGAUAAAACCAGCGCUGUCAGCUCGACCUGAGCCCGCCCCACCGGGGGACAGUUCCAGUGCAACGAAGGUGACGACAAGACGACCGUCGCCCCGGCUGAUCGCCCCCGUCCGCGUGGGGCCCCACCCAACCGAUGCGUUGGCCCACGCUAUCGACAAAUUGCAUGUGGGGUACGAAGCGCCUCGGGUCGCAGUGAGCCACCAGCUGCAGCUGUCGGCCGUGCCAUACAAGUCCAACAAACCCAACUGGCGCAUCAGCGAAAACACGUUUUCAUGUCGAUAAACGGAAUUAAUAUUGUCAUUCUUUUACCCCAAAUGUAAAGCACUUUUGUGUUG